ACUUCAGCCAUUCCUUCUCCACGGGCUCAAAAAACCAGCCCGCAUCCCUAACCCUCCCCUUCCAAGUAGUCCUUCCCACAUCCACUCCACCUCUUAAAAUCCUCAGCCCGGGGUUUAACCGCGGCUCGCUGGAAUUAGCCGCACACGGCGUUCCCCGCAGAGCCAGCCAGGAUCCCAGCAGCCCCCCCCCGCCGCAUCCAGCUCCCCUCUCCUCCGCAUGGCUCGCUAGGACGGCGGCAGGGCCGGCAGCUGCUCCCGGGCGCCGGGAGCCCACGGCUGACUCCUCGCCGGAGGCAGAAGAUGGGACAGGGCCGGGGAGAGGCGCCCGCGGAGGAGAACUGAAGGCAAGUCAUCAUGGGAGCAUUUUUAGACAAGCCAAAGAUGGAGAAGCAUAAUGCCCAAGGGCAAGGGAAUGGGCUUCGUUACGGUCUGAGUAGUAUGCAAGGCUGGCGAGUUGAAAUGGAGGAUGCACAUACAGCUGUGAUUGGUUUGCCAAAUGGACUUGAUGGAUGGUCAUUUUUUGCUGUAUAUGAUGGGCACGCUGGAUCCCAGGUUGCCAAGUACUGCUGUGAGCAUUUAUUAGAUCACAUCACAAGCAACCAGGAUUUUAAAGGGCCAGAUGGGCCCCCGUCUGUGGAAAGUGUAAAGAGCGGCAUCAGAACAGGUUUUCUGCAAAUUGAUGAACACAUGAGAGUCAUCUCCGAGAAGAAACAUGGUGCAGACAGAAGUGGGUCAACAGCUGUGGGUGUCAUGAUUUCUCCCCAACACACAUACUUCAUCAACUGUGGAGACUCGAGAGGUUUACUUUGUAGAAACAGGAAGGUUCACUUCUUCACGCAGGAUCACAAACCGAGUAAUCCACUGGAGAAAGAGCGUAUACAGAAUGCAGGUGGCUCUGUAAUGAUUCAGCGUGUGAAUGGUUCCCUCGCUGUUUCAAGGGCGCUUGGAGACUUUGAUUACAAAUGUGUCCAUGGGAAAGGUCCUACAGAACAGCUAGUCUCACCCGAGCCUGAAGUUUAUGAAAUUGAGAGAUCAGAAGAAGAUGAUCAAUUCAUCAUCCUGGCUUGCGAUGGUAUCUGGGAUGUUAUGGGAAAUGAAGAGCUGUGUGACUUUGUAAGAUCCAGACUUGAAGUCACUGAUGACCUUGAGAAAGUUUGCAAUGAGAUAGUUGACACCUGCUUGUACAAGGGAAGUCGAGACAACAUGAGUGUGAUAUUGAUCUGUUUUCCGAAUGCACCAAAGGUAUCACCAGAGGCGGUGAAAAGGGAGGCAGAGUUGGACAAGUACCUGGAAAGCAGAGUAGAAGAGAUCAUAAAGAAGCAGGGUGAAGGAGUACCAGACUUAGUCCAUGUGAUGCGUACGUUAGCAACUGAGAGCAUCCCAAACCUCCCACCAGGGGGUGAAUUGGCAAGCAAACGGAGUGUGAUUGAAGCUGUUUAUAACAGACUGAACCCCUACAGGAAUGAUGAUACUGAUUCUGCCUCAACUGAUGAUAUGUGGUAAAACUGCUCAUCUAGCUGUGGAGUUCAUGUUUCAUCCUUCAAAUGAAAGUGCAGCCCAACCUCAGUGACCCUUCUUAACAUCCAUCCUCAAUAUUAAUUAAAGAAGGGAAUAUGAUGUGUUGGUGAGAGUGACUACAGCAGAAAACUACAGCAGUACGACAUCUAGCCCAGGAACUGAUCUUUUUUGUAAAACAGACUUCUGUAAACGUGAUUUCAAACCAUAAUUCAUGUUGUAAAUCAGACUCCAGCAAUUUAUGUUGUAUGAUUUUGUUUUUGUAAAGUGCAAUUGUCUUUGUACAAAAUGCUCAUAUUUAAUUAUGAAUUGCUUUAAAUCACUAUAAAGGUUAGAAGAAAUGUUUGGCUUGUGUGAUGCAACAAUAUAUAUAUACCCUUUAAAUUCAUGUUGUGGUUUUGGAUUGCAAGGAGCAGCAGCCUAGCCAGCUAGGUGCUCAAGAGGUGCACAAAACUGUAAAGAUAACUUCUCGUUUUAUACGAAAGCUGAACUUGUGGGCAACUUGCCAGGAAUCAGUGUGUGAAUUUGCUCGGCAAAGGAAGAACAGCAAAGAGUAGUGCACUUUCUUCAACAAACAUAUCUCAUUUUCUUGGAGGCACUCCUGCUCUCACAUUGAGUUAAAGGGAGUUCCGAUUUUGACUUCAGUGGGAGUUGAAUCAUGCCCUAUUAAUAGUAUCGUGUUCAUACGCGUAUGAACCUUGGGAUUAGAAUGCCUUGAUUCUUUGCACCUCUUUUUUCAUUAACCCUUACCUGAAACUACUAAUCACUGAGCACGAACAGGCAGCUUUCUACAUACAGUAGGAGUCUGCAGCAUUUUUACAAUACUGAUUGGCUGGGUCUGCUGCUGUUCCAAGUAAAAUACUCUGAAUUCCAUUUUAUCAAUAAAGCUUGGUUUAACAAACAAGAAAUUUAUCCAUAAAUGUGUAAUUCCUUUUUUCCUGCCUUUUGAAAUGUCAGUGCCAUUGUAAAUGAUAUUUUACAUGUGGAAGAAUAUUUUUAUUAAUUGGUAGCCCAUUUUUAAAAUGGGAAGAAUUUUAAUUACUGCCCAAGACAUAGCCAUAUGCUAGAGGAUGAAGUGGGAUUAACGUUACCCUAUUUUUUACGUGUGGGUUUUUUCAGGCUUUUUUUCUCCCCACUGAAGAUGUGCAUUGGUUUGAAUUUGCCUACUGUUUGAUAAAAAUACAUUUGUCAAAGCCUGACAAUCUUUAACAUUUUAUGGUGUGUGUUUUUAAUUGACCCACUUACUUAGAAUGAGAGACUAGUGGUUAAACAGUACUUGUGAUUUGAGAUAUAGCAUGUUGACAAUAUUUAACUGUUCGUUGUUUAAAAUUCUAAUUUAAAAUUUUAUAAGAUAAUAAACUAAUUUGAUUUAAGCCUAGCUUUCUCCCAUUGAACAUGCAAAAUUAAGUUUUCAAGUCAGUCGUGUUUGCAAAACUGCUGUUUUGUGCACCUUGUAUUGUCUUUUUGGUUGAGAAUAUUGUAUUAAAUAUGUAGUUUACUCAUUUAGUAGGCAGAUUCCCCAAAAGGAAAAUCAGUAAAACAAGUAGAUUGUAACAUUUACUGCGGUUAAACAGAAUCAAGACGUGGUGUAUAAUUACUUUUUGAUAGGAAAAUGUAGUACAAUGCAUUUUGCUAUAUUUGUCUUUCCCUAACUUUGAAAUAUACAUAUUUGUAUAUAUAGCCUUAAAACUAAUGCAGAGUUAGGGAACACUGAACAGUGAAAAAGUAACUUAUAGUGUCUUGGAACUAAGUAUAGUAUAUACCAGCAAACUUUUCUUUUAUCCCUCUUGUCUAUGUGGGGUGCUUAAAACGUAACUUCAUUGUAUUCAGUUUGUAAUCUGUUCAAGCAUGAAUGAAGAAAACAUAAGCACUAUUUGUAUUUAUAAAUUUAUAGCAAUUUUUGCUUAAAGAACCAGUUCCUUACCUACCUAUGAAUAAAUGCUUAAAAUGUCUAA